ACUCGCUUCCUGGGGAACGAUGAGAAUGUCUGAAGCAUGUGGAAGACGCGUCACAGGCACAUAACAUCGGCGAACGUGCUGUCAGUAUGGAGGCGGACUGGGACGAGCUUGCAUUCGUGCAGCUGCCUCCUCCAGGACCGCACCACCCUCCCACGCCCGUAGCGACCUUUGCCUUUGACACGUCCCAAGAAUUGCUGUGGACCGGCAACAGCCUCGGGCGCAUCACCUCCUUCUACGGCGCAACCCUCGAGCGGUACACCUCCUACCGCGGUCAUGCCGCCGCCGAAGGUCCAAUUAAGCAGUUCCUCUUCACGGAGAAAGGCAUCCUAUCGAUCUCGAAGCAGAGCGUUCACUACGCCCACCGUCGCGGUAUAACGCAAUGGCAUCUUACGAGCAACGAGUUCAAGGACCUCAGCUGUAUGAACUUCACUUCCAAGGGCACACGAGAGAUCCUUGUCGCAGGAUGCCAGGAUCGAAUGUUCAAGGUGGACGUGGAGAAGGGUACCAUCACCGAGACUCUUCCAGCCGAAGCUCAGUACACCAUCAUGAAACGUGCAGGCCAAUACAUAUGCGCAGCCACUAAGACCGGCGGCAUCCAUAUCCUUGACUCGAACUCGCUCUCCAACAUCAAAGCCUUCGACGGACACACUGGUAGUAUCAGUGAUAUGGAUGCGAAAGGAGAUUUCCUGGCGACAUGUGGCUGGUCGCCUCGGCAGCAGAACGCCUACAUGCUCGAUCCGUUCACACAUGUCUUUUCUUUGAAGACAUUGAAGCAACUGCCGCCAAUUCCUUUCCACACUGGUGCAGCUUUCGUUCGAAUGCAUCCUCGCAUGUCGACCACUGCCAUCAUUGCUUCACACAACGGACAAAUGCAGGUCAUUGACCUGAUGAACCCAGAAGCUGCCAAUCUGCGACAGAUCAAUUUAUACGACUCGUAUCUUCAUGGCCUCGAAAUGGCGCCUUCCGGUGAAGCUUUCGCGUUGUCUGACAGCAAUGGGCAAGUCCACUUGUGGGGUUCCCCUUCGAAGGUGCACUUCCCGGAGUAUAGCAAUCCCACCGAAUUCGCUGAUCACCCUAUACCACCACCUACUAUGGACUGGUCACCAGACACACCCUUGAACACUGUCGGCAUGCCAUACUACAAAGAGAACCUCCUUUCCAGCUGGCCGAGCCACAUAGUGUUCGAAGUGGGUGCGCCGCCGCCGAAGAUCGAUGCCUCCAUCUUGAGCAGUAUGACGCGAACCGAGAUGGGCUUCUUCGCAAAGAACCCUCGUACGAAGCGGAGAAACCAAGCGGAAUCUAGGCGGCAGUCAGACCGUGUUACAGAAUCAUUGUCAGCACCCAAGUUCUUGAGCGAGCAGUCUCGUGCAGUGCAAUCGUACAGCAGCGAUACCGAUGGCAAGACAACUGAGACAAUGGAGUCAUUGACAGAUCUGCAUCUGGAAGACGUCACACGGAAAGAAGUGCCGUCGAUGUACGGCAACGUGGAGAUCAAGUACAGCAAAUUUGGCGUUGACGAUUUCGACUUUGCUUACUACAAUCAAACCCCCUACUCCGGGCUAGAGACACACAUCGCCAACUCGUACGCCAAUUCUCUCCUGCAAUUGCUCCGCUUUACACCUCUCAUUCGGAACAUCGCACUUCAACACACAGCAUCGGCAUGUCUGUUCGAAUCAUGUCUUCUAUGCGAGCUGGGGUUUCUGAUCGAUAUGCUCGAGAAGGCUGCAGGACUGAAUUGCCAAGCCUCAAACUUCCUGAAGACGUUCAGCAGCUUAUCAAACGCAGUCUCACUCAAUUUGUUGGAGGAGUUUGCUCCUAACGUUGCUCUCACGAGCAUGGUGCAGAAUCUCAAUCGAUUCUUAUUGGACAAGAUAUCAGACGAAGUGCGUCAGAUGUUACCACUCAACUCAGGACCUUCACCAAUGGAUCGCAUUCUGGAGACACAAGCCAGAGCAAGCAUGAGAUGUGCGCAAUGCGCAAACGAAACUGCACGUGGUGGAAAGAACUUCGUGAACGAGCUCGUGUACCCUGCGAAACACGUAAUGAAGAACACAAGGAUACCGCGCCCAACUUUCUCCCAGAUCCUGAAAGCUAGUGUUGAACGUCAAGAUCAGACGCGAGGGUGGUGCACCAAGUGCAACAGAUAUCAACAAAUGGUGCAGAGGAAAACCAUUCAGACCAUUCCUGGCGUUUUGAUGCUCAAUGCAGCAAUUCAGAGUCAUGAAGCCAAGCUGUUGUGGUCGAUACCGCACUGGCUACCUCAGGAGAUCGGUAUCAUAGUUGAUCAAGGCCAAUUCUACUGCUUCGAAGGCCAGGAUCUGAAGUUACACCUGCAACGAGGUGUAUUCGACAUCAUGGUCUUCGAGUUGAUCGGCGUUGUCGCCGACAUCAACAGUGGAGAGCAUCAGAAGCCCCACCUAGUUGCUACCAUCAACACUGCCCCAUCAUCUCGCGAAGCAACAACAGAAGACAAGUGGCACCUGUUCAACGAUUUCUUAGUCAGGCCAAUACCCAAGGAAGAAGCACUUCGCUUCGAACCAGGCUGGAAGCUGCCUUCCGUGCUGACUUACCAGCUAAAGGCGGCCAGGAACAAGAUCGACGACUCGUGGAAAGAUAACCUCGAUGCCUCGAUUCUGUACAGAUGGUGGUCAUCAAACCCCACGCCUCCAGACUCCAAGUUCAAGCUUCUCGAGGCGCAGGCCGAAGCACCAAAACCUGGCUACCCCGUCGCCAUCGACGCAGAGUUCAUCCGCCUUCAGGCUGAAGAGAUUGAGAUGAAAGCAGAUGGAACUCGGCAAACCAUCCGCCCCGACCGCAAAGGUUUAGCUCGUGUUUCAGUCUGCCGCGGUUCAGGCGAACACGCCGGCCUACCCUUCAUUGACGACUAUAUUGCAGUCAGCGAACCCGUCGUCGAUCACUUGACCGCCUGGUCCGGCAUCUCUCCCGGCGAUCUCAACCGCGAGACCUCACCCCACGCACUCGUUAGCCUCAAACACGCAUACAAGAAACUCUGGCUCCUGCUCAACCUAGGCUGCGUCUUCGUCGGCCACAGCCUAGCCAACGACUUCCGCACAAUCAACAUCCACGUCCCCAAGAACCAAGUCGUCGACACAUCGAAUCUCUUCUUCCUCCCGGAGUACAAGCGCAAACUCAACCUCAAGUUCCUCGCCUGGUGUGUGCUGAAAGAGAGCAUCCAGCAAGACACACACGACUCCAUUGAAGACGCCACCACCGCACUCAAACUAUGGCGCAAAUACGAGGAGUUUGUAGAUGCGGGCGUGCUGGAGCAGAUGCUCAAUGAUAUAUAUGCGACGGGAAGUCAGUAUAGGUUCAAGGCUCCUGGCAGUGGUGGAGCGAAUGUGGGGCAGGGCGCGAUGGGGAUGGUCAGUCAGGCGGGCACGGGGAGGAAUACGCCCGAGCCGAUGACGACGCCGAAGAAGGGGGGGAUGUUUGGGACUAUUGGGUUCAGGAGUCCUAUGAGGUAGCGGAGUGGCACGCGAAAUAAGAACUGUUGGAUAAAAGGCGUGGUGGACUUUGUUUUCCUUUUAUCGAAGUUUCCUUUUAUCGAAGAUUAGC